AUGCCGCCUCCAGCUCUUCAACACCUCGGUCUUAUCGACCUUGUCGCUUCUGACCCUCGACCAACAUUUGUCGUUGCAUUGCCCGAGCAGACAUCCUCCAAUAUAUCCCAUUAUUCGGCCGACAUCCUGUAUCGAAACCCUGCCUUGCAGAACUCUUAUACCCUCGACCACUCUAUUGCCUCUAUCCCUCAAGAUGUUUCCCACUCGCCGUUCUGGAACUGGGUCACCAGCCCGCCGUCUGCGCCAACGUCUCACACAGAUGCCACAGGUCCUGCACCAACAAAUACGCAACACUCACUUCCAUAUCUUGGUGUUUACUGGACGCGAAGCAUAGUUCUGGGUCAAUGGGUGGUGAUGAGUGGAAAUGAAACGCCUCCUUCGUCAGAGCCCCCGCGCAAAGUUCGAAUAGAGGGAAAGGAGGGUGAGACAACUAGAAGAUAUCCCCAAAAAUCGCCACUGGAUAAUGCGCGUUUACCGUCCCGAAAAAAGUCGGAGAGCAAAACUCCACUGCAUUAUCGCGAUGAAUCAAACCCAGGGCUCAUGGUUCCCGUCUCCGACUCCGAAGCAGAGCCAUUUCUUGACGUGGUUCAAAAUGUGGAUUGGGAGUCGACAUUUCUGGGACCCAUGUCAGAUUGGCCCGCUCAACUUCAGCAUACAUUUAAUCAGCUCGUCUCAGAUUCGCGACCAGUGGCGCUCUAUUGGGGUUCCGAGUAUGUCACGAUUUACAAUGAGGCCUUUUCAAAAUACUGUGGCGCUCGACAUCCUGGACUUUUAGGACGACCAGCGCCAGAAGCUUGGCCUCAUCUUAAGACUAGACUGGAUGAAAUGACGGCUUCGCCAUCGAAAAACUAUUCGAAUGCUGAGGAUGAGUCCAAAUUUUUCAUCCCCUUGGCAGACGGCUCACAUGAAGAGACAUAUGUCAAAUCUUCUAUGGUCCCCAUUGUCUACGACAAGAAAUGCCUGGGAAUCCAGCACUCGCUACUCGAAAUGACCUCAAGACGACUUUGGGAGCGAAGGAUGAAAAUGCUUAUUGAUCUCGGUGAGGCUCUUGUCUCUACGAAGGAUGCCAAGUCGUACUGGUCCAGGACGAUUGAGGAACUAGAACGCUGGAGUCCUACCUACGAUGUCCCAUUGGCCUUUUUGUACUCCGUGGCAGACGACGAAUCCGACAUUACCCUUUCAAAAUAUGAUUGCCCCAAGAUUUGUCAUCUUGAGGGCUCACUGGGCGUGCCAGAGGGACAUGCGAUUGCUCCUCAGGUCCUCAGCCUCAGUGAAACAGAUGAGGGGAUGGCUUCUGUCAUGAGGAAGUCGUUGGACCACCGUCAACCAAUUCUUUUGCAGACAAAGGACGACACAUUGCCAAAAACCCUGUUGCACGGUCUAGCAUGGCGCGGCUUUGGUGACCCUUGCCAAGCUGCCAUCGUGUUGCCUAUUCGUCCAACUAAAGAAGAAAACGCUAUGGGUAUUCUGUUCCUAGGCUUGAAUCCUCGACGCCCAUACGAUAACGAUUAUCGGCAAUUCAUAUCCUUGUUGAACCAGAAGCUUACGAGCUCCCUUGCUUCCACAGUUCUCUUGGAAGAGGAGGCCCGGCGGCGGCGCAACAUUACCGAGCAGGCUGCCUACGAUAAUGCCAUGCUUAAGCAGCGACUAGAAUAUCAAACCGAACAGGCAGAGAGAUCCAUGCAAACGUUUACCGCAGUCGCAGACUUUAUCCCCGUGGGUAUGUGCUUUGUGGAUGUCGAAGGUAAUAUCACGUUUGCCAAUGAUGCCUGGCAUCGUAUCACCGGAUGUCCAAGAGGACCAAUUGUGCAAAGCGCACUUCUCGAGUCAGUGCUUGAGGAAGAUAAGCAAAAAGUUAUACAAGCAUACAAAGACGUCCAGAAAGUCGACACUGUUACUUUCGAAUACCGCAUCGCCCGAAACGGUAACACAGCGGACUCCAAGAGCUUCAAGUCUUCUACAAGUUCUUUAUCUUCAAACGGUGAAAGAGUCUUGCGUCAUAUCCUGGCUUCUACGAAGGCCGAGAGAGCUCCAGAUGGCAGUGUCAUUCGAAUUCUUACUUGCCUGACUGAUGUAACGGUACAAAAAGACACGGCCGAGGAGGCGGUCCAGAGGGCACAAGAAGCAGAGAAUCUAAAGCGUCUCGCCGAGUUUGCCACGGUUGGAAUGUACGAUGUCAGCAUGGAUGGAAGACUGCUUAGCGCGAACAAUCUUUUCUGGGAACUGACAGACUUAGAAAAGGUUGAUCUCACCAAGACCGACGUGAGACCUUGGCCAGAAUGUGUUGUGAAGGAAGAUUUGCAUAUCCUACAGGAAAGCCUCGAUAAGCUAGUCGUAUCAGGACGAACUGAAACGGCCGAGUUUCGACUCCGGAACGGCUUGGUGACAGAGGACAGCAACGGGAAUUCAGCUGUGGCCCCACGAUGGGUGCUUGCUACGUUCAUGCCAGUUAGAAGCUCUGACGGUGUGAUUCAAUCCUUUACCGGCUGCCUGAGCGACGUUUCGAUACAGAAAUGGCAAUUGGAGCAAGAGAAGCUUCGCAAAGAAGAGGCGAUCGAGUCGAAGCGUCAGCAGGAAAACUUCAUCGACAUGACCUCACACGAGAUGCGGAAUCCAUUAAGCGCUAUUCUUCACUGUACCGACGCAAUCAUUGCCUCUCUUGCAAGAGUACAAGACAUCAGUGACAACUCUGCCCCUCUUACACCAACACGAAGCGGCUCUCAAGGCGAUGAGAGAAGUAUUGGCGAAAGAUCCGUUGAGGAGAAGAAGCUCUUGGAAGACAGCAUCGAAAACGCCGAGACCAUUGUGACGUGCGCUCAACACCAGAAACGCAUUGUCGAUGACAUUCUCACAAUGUCUAAACUUGACUCCAAGUUAUUGGCCGUAACGCCCUGCACGGUAGAUCCGAUCCAGAUUGUGAAUGGCGCUCUCAAGAUGUUUGAAGUGGAGGCUCGGCGUGUAGAUAUUGAGCUGACCUCUUACGUCGACAAGUCGUACAAGGAUCUCGCAUAUGACUACCUGGACUUGGAUCCAAGCAGAGUUCAGCAAGUUUUGAUCAAUCUCCUCACGAACGCGCUGAAGUUCACCAAGUCUGGCACUACCCGGCAUGUCACUGUCGGGGUUAAAGGGUCUCUGGAACCACCCGGAGAGGCCAUGACAGUGGUUCAGUUCAUUCCUCGAUUCUGCGAUGUUUCAGAGGAAUACGACCAACCCGCGCUUAAGGGACGUACUCGUCCUGUGUAUCUCUUGUUCGAGGUAAAGGAUACGGGCCAGGGUUUGACGGUCGAAGAGAUGGGCAGCCUCUUCAAUAAGUUCGUUCAAGCGAGCGCCAAGACGCAUACCAAAUACGGAGGAUCAGGACUUGGGUUGUUCAUUUCCCGGCGCUUGACAGAACUCCAGAACGGUGCGAUUGGGGUCUCCAGUCAACCUGGCGUGGGAUCAACGUUCGCGUUCUAUAUCGAGGCUUUUGUGCCAAGCGAAGCCUCCCGGAAUGAAGCACUCGCUGCCGCGGCUGCAGCCAGGUUGAUUACCGGUGCUGACGGUGCUGAAGCUGAUGGCAAACGACCCUGUCGAGAUAUUCGCUUGCAGAAGCAUCAAAACCCAGGAGGAAAUGUUCGGCUUGAUGGGAUUUUGGUUGUCGAAGACAACCUGAUCAACCAGCAAAUCACGAGACGCGGGUUGACGGACAGAGGCUACAUGGUAGAUGUUGCUAAUCAUGGAAUUGAAGCCCUCGACAAGCUGAAACACAGGCAAGGCGGUACCCCGGGACUUGGCCUCAAGGCAGGCAGUAGUCGCUCGGGGAGGAGUAACAUGAACCCGCUACCUAUAGCUAUCAAUCUCGUUCUUAUGGAUAUCGAGAUGCCGAUCCAGGAUGGGUUAACGUGCACGCGAACCAUUCGCGAACUAGAAGCGGAGGGGGAAAUCUUCUGUGCGUCUGGAGGCCGCAUUCCCAUCAUCGCUGUUACGGCCAAUGCACGGCCGGAACAGGUUAUGGAAGCCAAGCAAGCUGGGUGUGACGACGUUAUGGUAAAGCCAUACAGGAUACCAGAGCUCAUUGAGAAGAUGCAAGUGGUGGUACGACGGAUGGGAGGACUCAGCCCGAACUCCCCAGUGAGAUGA